GCCGCCGCCGCCGCCGCCGCCGCCAGCGCGGCCCGGGGAGCCGAGGCGCCGAGGCGCGAGGGCCGAGCGCGGCCGCCGGCGCGCCUGGGAGAUGUGCCCGGAGGAGGGCGGCGCGGCCGGGCUGGGCGAGCUGCGCUCGUGGUGGGAAGUCCCGGCCAUCGCGCACUUCUGCUCGCUCUUCCGCACCGCGUUCCGCCUGCCCGACUUCGAGAUCGAGGAGUUAGAAGCAGCUCUUCACAGAGAUGAUGUGGAGUUUAUCAGUGACCUGAUUGCCUGCUUGCUUCAGGGCUGCUAUCAACGAAGGGAUAUCACGCCUCAGACAUUCCACAGCUACCUGGAAGACAUUAUCAACUACCGCUGGGAGCUUGAAGAAGGGAAACCCAACCCCCUAAGAGAAGCCAGUUUCCAGGACCUGCCUCUCCGUACCCGGGUGGAGAUUCUUCAUCGUCUCUGUGAUUACCGGCUAGAUGCAGAUGAUGUCUUCGAUCUUCUCAAGGGUCUGGACGCAGAUAGUCUUCGUGUUGAGCCGUUGGGUGAAGAUAACUCUGGAGCACUCUACUGGUAUUUCUAUGGCACACGAAUGUAUAAGGAGGUUCCUGUACAAGGAAAAUCCAACGGAGAACUGUCUUUGAACAGGGAAAAUGAAGGACAAAAAAAUGUCUCAGGAGUUCCUGGGAAAACAGGAAAAAGAAGAGGAAGACCACCAAAACGAAAGAAAUUACAGGAAGAAAUUAUAGUGAGUGAAAAGCAGGAAGAAAACUCCUUAGCAUCUGAGCCACAGACAAGAAAUGGGUCCCAAGGGCCAGGUCAAGGCACUUGGUGGCUCCUCUGUCAAACGGAAGAAGAAUGGAAACGGGUCACUGAGAGUUUUCGGGAGAGAACUUCCCUUCGAGAACGGCAACUGUAUAAGCUGCUUAGUGAGGACUUUCUACCUGAAAUCUGCAACAUGAUUGCCCAGAAGGGAAAGCGUCCACAGCACACAAAAGCACAGUUGCACCCUAGGUGGAUGUCUGACCACCUGUCCGACAAAUCCAUCAAGCAAGAGGAGACCCCUGUGCUUACCAGAAUAGAAAAACAGAAACGCAAAGAGGAGGAGGAAGAACGUCAGAUUCUUCUAGCUGUGCAAAAGAAGGAACAGGAACAGAUGCUGAAGGAGGAGAGGAAACGAGAGCUGGAGGAAAAAGUCAAAGCAGUGGAAGAUCGAGCCAAGAGGAGAAAACUCAGGGAAGAAAGGGCGUGGCUACUUUCUCAGGGGAAGGAGCUCCCCCCAGAGCUCUCCCAUCUAGACCCUAAUUCCCCCAUGCGGGAAGAAAGAAAGCCUAAAGACCUCUUCGAGUUGGAUGAUGAUUUCACUGCCAUGUAUAAAGUUCUAGAUGUGGUGAAGGCUCACAAGGAUUCCUGGCCUUUUUUGGAACCUGUGGAUGAAUCUUAUGCCCCUAACUAUUAUCAGAUUAUUAAGAUCCCCAUGGAUAUUUCGAGCAUGGAGAAGAAACUGAAUGGAGGUUUAUACUGUACCAAGGAAGAAUUUGUUAAUGACAUGAAGACUAUGUUCAGAAAUUGUCGAAAAUAUAACGGUGAAAGUAGUGAAUAUACCAAGAUGUCUGAUAAUUUGGAAAGGUGUUUCCAUCGAGCUAUGAUGAAGCAUUUUCCUGGUGAGGAUGGAGACACAGAUGAAGAAUUUUGGGUCAGAGAAGACGAAAAGCGGGAGAAGAAACGGAACCGUGCUGGGCGAAGUGGGGGAACUCAGGUUUGGACCCGCUCUAAGGACUCUGAAGGGCCAAGCAGGAAGCAGCAGCCCGUGGAGAAUGGAGGGAAAUCUUUGCCACCGGCACGCCGAGCUUCCUCUUCUGGGGAUGAUCAGAGUGGCACUUGGACCCAGCUCCCUCGGGAAGUGGGCGCUUCUAAUGGCCGAGGCUUCUCCCGUCCCCCACAUUAUGGUGGGAUGCCCAACCAGGCACCCGUCUUAAACCAGAUGAGACCAGCAGUCCCAGGAACAUUUGGCCCUCUUCGGGGGUCGGAUUCUGCCAGUUUGUAUGUCUCCUCCAGAGUCCCAGAACCACACCCUGGAGAGCCUCUACAGCAGCACCAGCCUUUUGCCAUGCAGCCCCCAGUUGGAAUCAACAACCACCGAGGACCCAAGCUAGGCACACCUGAAGAGAAGCAAGUACGUGGGGGAUUGGCUCACCUUUCUAACGUGGGCUCCCAUCCUGGCUCCUUGCAGCUUGGGCAGAUGAUUGGCCCCGCCCCAGAUGGAAACAUCUAUCCCCCAGCUCAAUUCCAGCCAGGAUUUAUUCCGCCCAGACACAGCGGGGCUCCAGCCCGAGCCCCUGACUUUCCAGAAAGCCCAGAAAUUCCUCCCAGUCACAUGUACCGAUCGUAUAAAUACCUGAACCGAGUACACUCUGCUGUCUGGAAUGGGUGCCAUGGUGCUGCCAACCCUGGCUCCUUGGUGCCGGAAGACAAGACCCCCAUGGGGCUCGGACCCUCGCACCAGCCCCGUACUCUUGGUCACAUUAUGGAUUCUCGCGUGAUUAGACCACCUCUCCCAUCGAACCAGUGGACUGAACAAUCAAGCUUUCUACCUCAUGGAGUUCCUUCCGGGUAUAUGCGACCACCCUGUAAGUCUGGAGGACAUCGGUCACAGCCGCCCACCCCAGCACCAACUUCGCUCUUUGGAGCACCCACCCAGGCUCUGCAGGGCGUCCAGGGAGGGGACUCCAUGAUGGACAGCCCAGAGAUGAUCGCCAUGCAGCAGCUGUCUUCCCGAGUCUGCCCGCCAGGAGUGCCUUACCAGCCCCGCCAGCUCGCGGGCGCCUUCCCACAAGUGGCCCCCUCCACAUCUGCAAGUGUGUCAGCCCCCAAGCCUACCUUGGGGAACCCUGGGAUGGCACCGGACAACAGUGAGACACACGAGCCUGAGAGUGACAGAGAUUCUUUGCCUGGACUUCAGGAAAAGCCACCAAGUGUUGGUGCUUCAGAGGAGGUGUACCUCAAACAGCUACCUCACCCUGUGCCUCCUCUGCAAACUGGCUGUACCAGGCAGAGAUCGCCGCAAGAAAGGGAAACAGAGGCUCCAGAGCUCAAAAGCGACUCCUCGGAAUCUGGAGACAACUGUAAAGCAACAAAGGGCAAGAAUGCCUGGCCCUCGGAGGGCAGUUACUCCAGCCCAGCAGCCCAAGAAUGUAUGAGAGACCUCUCCACCCUGGCAGAUAGAGGGUCUCUACCUGAAAAUGGAGCCAUUGUCGAAUCCGCCCCUUGUGGGUCUGAGGCAAAAGGCCUUGGGAACAGUGGUUCAGAAAAACCACUGUGCCCCAGGGGUAAAACAUUGCAGGAGACCAUGCCGGCCACGGGACAGAACCCCACGACUCCUCCCAAUACAGACACCAAUUUGAUGGGAGGUACCGUCGGCCAGUUUUCUCCCUUGUAUAUGCCUGGCCUGGAAUACCCAAAUUCAGCCGCACAUUACCAUCUCAAUCCAGGCCUACAAGGUUUGGGUACCGUUGUGGGAGGUAAAGCCUCAGUAUCACAUCCUCCACAUUUUACCCCGAGGGGCUUUCAGUCGAACAACCCUCACACUGGAGUCUUUCCCCGGUAUCGCCCUCACCAAGGACUGAGGUACUCCUAUCAACCACCCCCUCAGCACUCCUACCAUCACUACCAGCGAACUCCUUACUACACGUGUCCACGGGGCUUUUCUGACUGGCAGAGACAUCUCCACCCCCCAGGGAGCCCAGGUGGGCCACCUCCUACUCAGCCUCCCCCUCCAAGGCCCCUCUUCCCAGAUAAGAACUCCAUGGCUAAUCUACAAGGCUGUGAGACACUGAAUGCUGCCUUAACUUCCCCAAGCCGAAUGGAUGUGGCGGCUACUAAGUUGGUCCCAGCUGAUGGGCAGAAUCCCGGUCCAGAGGAAGAGAAGCUGGAUGAAUCGAUGGAGAGGCCAGAGAGUCCCAAAGAAUUUCUAGACCUGGACAACCAUAACGCAGCUACCAAGCGACAGAGUUCGCUGGCGACGAGUGAAUAUCUUUACGGAACUCAUCCUCCACCUCUGAGUUCAGGCAUGGGGUUCGGUUCUUCCCCUUUCCUGCCCCACGGCGUGAUGCUACAAACGGGGCCUCCAUAUACACCGCAGCGGUCAGCUGGUCAUUUUCAGCCCGCGGCCUACUCGUCCCCUGUCGCUGUUCAUCCACCUCAUCAUCCAGUGGCUCCCCAGCCCAAUGGCCUCUCUCAGGAGGGCCCCAUCUAUCGUUGCCAGGAAGAAGGCCUGGGCCACUUUCAAGCAGUAAUGAUGGAACAAGUUGGCACUGGAAGUGGAAUAAGGGCACCUUUCCAAGAAGUGUACAGACCGUCGGGGGUGCAGCUUCAGUCAGCCCUGUCACAGUCCUCGUUCCCAAAGACUCCAGCACCAGCAGCAUCACAGGAGGACCUACCCCCACCGAAACCCCCAACAAUUCCUCUGGAUCAGAGUUAGUCUUAGGAGGAAAUGACUCAAUAAAAUGGAAAGCUGCACAUGAAGACUGGAAUAUGAAGAAUGUGGGGCAAGAUCUCCCCUUGGUCUUCCUACCACACCACCCACCACAGCCUCUACAGCACAGCACAUCCUGUCAUCCGGCUGCUGGAACCACUCCUGGAACCCUAGAAGCGCACUCCCUCAAUGGCUAACGAAGCUUGCGGAAGUCCCGGGUCAGGAUGGGUCAGCAUAGCUGAUAGACAGUCAAGAACAAAUGAAGUGGAAUUAGUGAUGACUUGUCCAAGUCACGUUCAGGGGAAAUUCAUCCUAAACUUGGGGAAAGGGACAUAUCUAGGAAUGGAGUGGUGCUUUUAAACUUUCAUGAGCAGCUAAAAACUCAGGUAUAUAUGUGGGGAAGGGACUACUUGUAGUAUUAAUGUGUUCAGAGCUGGGUCCAGUUUACAGAAGUUUCAUGUUGCCUUUAAAAUAAUUUUUGUUGUUGGUGGUGAAUGUAUUGUACAUAAAGAGGAGAAAGUGGGUGGAAUAUGGUAGAGAUGAAAAUCCUAACUCUGGUGGGCACACAGCACUGGAGUGGUCUGUAUCUGUUUACAAUCAUGUCACACUGCGUACUUCGGGGAGCUGGAGAAGAGGUCAUCCUACAGUGUCCUUGUAAUCUUACAAUGUCACUGUGCUUGUCAGUGGCCAGCUAUUCUUCAAAAGCUAGCGGCCUUCAUUUCCGUCUACCCAGGAAAGUACAGUUACCACCUACCAGAAGAUUCCGCUCAGUAGGCAAGCUGCUCAGGAUUAAAUCCUGGAUCUCAGAGAGCAUAGCCCUUCCUGAUUCUGCCACCAACCUAUCAGAUAGAUCUAAACCAGUACCAGAAAUUGGAGUCACUAGAGUAUUCUGCUUAUUAGAAGAGAAAAUGCAUCGUCCUCUUCACAGACCUGCCAGGUCUGUGAUCUGGAAUGCAUCGCACAAGGCUUUUCUGGCACGAAUCACAUUUUGUGGAAGCGACUACUCAGGUUUGUAUAUGUUAGUAUCAAUAAAGGAAUUGCACACAGUUUGGAAUAGGAAAAUGUAUCUAUAGAUUUACAGUUUGAAUUUAGAAAUAUUCCAGUAUAGUUUUUAUUCCUUUUAAGUGAAUUAUAGUAAUGUAAGUCACGGUGGUUUAAAAUAGCUAUCAAGAAAAGUUCUUGGAAACCAUUUGUCAUAUCUGAUAGGAAAUAAUUUUACAGUAUUAAAUUACUUUAUUACAGUUUUAGAAGUGAAUUACACUGGAUUCUCCCUCGUUAGCAUUCUGUAUGAUUUUAGCUGAGACUCCACCAAAGUUAGGGCCUAUAUGUUUUAAACUUAAAGAAAAAAGGGAAGGAGGGGAGGAAAAUGCCCUGAAGUCACAAGUUUUUGUAAGAUUUUUAACCAUACAUUUUGGAUAGUAGAAAGGCUUCCAUGAAAUAUUGAUCUGCCCUGAAUCUUUUAUAAACUCAGCUGUGAGAUUAGCCAGUCUGUUAUUUUGAAAGUUUGCUAAAAGAAGCGAAGGGAAACAAUGUUAUACAGAAGGUUCCAAGACAUUCGGUCCCGAUGAUUCCUUGUAAGUGAAUAAUGCUUUUUCCACCAGUGCUGGUGUUCAUGCAGCUGGCAGGAUGGAGAGUUUGGUGGAGAACACAGGCGCCUCUAAAACAGACGCACAAAGACGCAGGUCUUUUCUCUAAAAUAUUCUCAUUUUAAAUUUGGGUGUGCUCUUCAGUGCACUGAGUUUUGAGGGUGUGUUCUCUGUGAUCCUGUUCCUUACUAGAAAACUGUCCUUGGCAAAAAGUAAAGAGGUCACCCAAAUCCCCGCAGGAGGAACAGAGAAGUAGGCCUGUGGUUAGGGCUCUGUCAGCCAUAGAGUUAGUGCAAACGGAUGUGAUUGAGGCUUCAGUGCUUCUGUUUCACGUUUGUGUAAAAGUAGGGAGGGAGGAAGACACC